CGUACAUCGGCUGCGUACCUAGUGAGUGUCUUGCAAAUCACAUUAUACCAUUCCGGUCAUGAUAUCAGCCAUAGUUGAAUGGGUUAAUAGUUGGUGUCAUCACCCUGGAAAUGCGAGUUCAGUUUAUUUUCGCUAAUUUAAAAAGUCUACCGUUCAAUUCCGUGAGAUCAAUUUUUAAUUGAAACUGCUCGUAUCAAGUGCAUUGAGUGUAGUGUAAUUCUCGAUUCAAUCGAAGGGAAAUAGCCGUGUUUUCAGUAGAAGUCGUCCGCCUCUUCAAUUUUUCAAGAAACAUAAAUCUUGUUAAAAAGACCCAGCUACCAUUAACUACGCAAAGUUCACAGUAAGCGACUUCACCACCAGAAAGGAAGCGCAAAAAUCGCAGUCAUAUCGGUAACAUGAUAAGCAACUGAACCACGCCGUUUGGUAUAACAAAAACAGUUAAUGCAUGUCCAGUGCGAGACAUGAAUGUGCUUACACGGUUCCCCGCUCGGUUCUAGAUUUCUAGUAUAAGUACUAUCUAACCGUAUGCACUGUGCAAGUACCCGGAAAGUGUUUCGUUAGAUCGCAGCCUUUCAGUUUCUCCCGCGAAGCGUGUACAGAUACGCGUCAAGAUCUUCGGUUACUUCACAACUUAUCCGAAUGCAGCAAUUGUCACCAGUGUCAGAACAAGUGUUACUGCAUGUGGCUCAACUUUCAAUAUAACACCAGUGACAUUCAGUGUAUCGACACAAAAUGAUCAGUGCGGAUCAACUCACCAGUUACACUACCGUGAUGGUGUUAGUUUGUCUGACUGGAUUCGCUGUUUGGUUCGCGGCCACUUUGGGAACCCGAUACUGGCAGUCUGCGACAGUACCGUACAUCCCAGGGAAACCCUUUGUGGGAAAUUUUCUCGAAAUGCUACUACAGCGAAAAAGUGCAUUUGAACUGAUGGAUGACCUCUAUCGGAAUGCUAUGGUGCGGGACGGUAAACUGCUUGGAGUGUGCAUACUAAUGCGACCGGCGCUGGUGCUGCGAGACCCAGAGUUAAUCAAGCAAGUUUUCAUCAAGGAUGCUGUUUAUUUUACCAACAGACAUAUGAGCACUGAUCACAGAAGCGAUCCCAUCGGGUACUACAAUCUACUCAUGAUCAAAAAUCCCCACUGGAAGCAGCUACGUACUUUCCUGACACCUUCAUUGAGCUUGAAUAAGAUCAAACGAAUGUACGACCUUGUCGAUCAGAUUGGCAAAGACAUGCUUGACCACCUCGCCGGGCUUCCAGAGAAGCAACCACUUACACGAGAGACUGAGUUCAAAGAACUGUGCGCCCGCUUCACAACCGACGUCAUAGCGAGUACAUUCUUCGGCAUUCAGUCCAAGUGUCUCAGCGACGAGGAGUCCGAGUUCCGGUACUACGGCAAAAAGAUCUUCGAGUACGGACCAAAACGGGGCAUCACUAUGGCUUCAUUUUUCUUCAUGCCCGAACUGGUACCGUAUUUGAAGUUUAAAUUGUUUCCACGGGAUACGGAACACUUCCUCCGGACAAUUAUCCGACAGGAGAUUGAGCGUCGGGAGGCGAGCGGAGAAAAGCGAGGCGAUUUUAUAGAUUCGAUGAUUAGUCUGAAGAAUGACGGUGCCACUAUCGGAGCGAAGGAAAAAAUUCCUUUGAAGGAUGACAUACUGGUAGCUCAAGCUGCUACUUUCUACAUGGCCAGUUUCGAAACGACCUCCUCGGUACUGUCAUUUACGCUGUACGAAUUGACCAAGAAUCCAAAGGUUCAGCAUCGACUACGAGAAGAAAUACGCCUCUGCAUACAGCAACAUGGCCCGGAUCUUCCCUAUGAAUGCCUGAUGAAUGAAAUGCCCUACCUUGGAAUGGUGAUUUCGGAAGCUGCUCGGCUCUAUCCAGUGCUACCGUUUCUGGAGCGUCAGUGUACCCUGCCGGAAGGCAGCACCGGUUACAAACUUGAGCCCUUCCACGACUUUGUAAUACCGAAUAAAAUGCCGGUGCUGGUUCCUAUCUACGCUAUUCAUCGCGAUCCAAAGUUCUUUCCUGAUCCACUACUUUUUAAUCCGGAACGUUUUGCGAAAGAGAACCUGGACAAUAUUCUCCCGUGUACUUAUAUGCCGUUCGGUGUCGGUCCCAGGACGUGCUUGGGUUCACAUUUCGGAACGCUGCAGGUAAAGGUUGCCAUCGUGCGGAUACUUGCGCAAUACCAAAUAGCUCGAUCGGAAUCAACGCCGGAGAAAUUGACCUACAAGAAAAAUGCCUUUACAUUGCAUUCAAACGAAGGGUUGUUUGCUGAUUUAGUAAUUGAUAAGUUGUAGCAUUCGGAUUAGAAAUUAGCAGUGAACGUUAUUUAAAUCGAGCUAUUUUUUCAUUUAAAUGCUAAAAUUGAAUAACAGCGUGGUGAAACGACUGGGUCAAAUAAUUUCACCAAAAAACUGUUAUCAUAACCACGUUCUUUCAAAUAAAGAAGACGAUCUAACAACACAA